AUGAGAUUGGCAUUCAUCACUAUUCCCAUUCUCAUCUUGUUUCUAAACCUGAUUGUCCCGGCCCUAUACACUCCCAACUUCUCGACCGCAUACCUGACUGUGGAAGUCAAUCAGUGGCUCCCUGGAAUUUUUGCACUCAAGCUGCUGAAUCCGAGCUAUCUUCGUUUGGGCCCCCUUCAGUUCGCCCGGUUAUUAUCGACCAUGGUGUCAAUGAGAGCCCAGCCUCGCUUUCGGCGCCUUCAAACCAUUGAGCCAGAUUACUGUCCUGCCAAGGUCACGCAAUAUGAAUCAGAACGGACAGGGUUAAGAAUCGUUGUUGUGGACCAACAGGGUCCCAAACUUUUUGGUUUCUUCGUCCUUGCCACCGAGAUUCAUGAUGACUCUGGAGCACCACACACUUUAGAACAUCUAUGCUUUAUGGGCUCGAAAAGCUACAAGUACAAGGGCUUCCUAGACAAAUUAGCCACUCGAGCGUACUCAGGUACCAAUGCCUGGACGGCAACAGAUCACACUGCAUACACCUUAGAAACUGCAGGCUGGGCAGGGUUUGCUCAGAUUUUACCUGUCUACCUCGAGCAUGUUAUUCUUCCAACUCUCACCGAUGCAGGUUGUACAACUGAAGUUCACCACAUUGAUGCCACUGGCAAUGACGCUGGUGUAGUCUACUCAGAGAUGCAAGGCGUGCAGAAUGCCGCCGCCGAACUAAUUGAACUGCGAUCAAAAAGAAUUUUGUACCCCGAGGGUGUCGGUUUUCGUUAUGAAACUGGUGGUAUGAUGGAACAGCUUCGUGUUCUUACAGCCGAGAGAAUCCGAGAAUUCCACCGCGAUAUGUACCAGCCCAAAAACCUCUGUGUUACACUCUUUGGAGAAGUCAACCAUGAAGAGAUGCUAGACAUAAUGGAUACUUUUGAGUCAUCGAUUUUGUCUGAUAUCCCUAGCCCCGACGCUCCGUUCACCAGACCAUGGAUUGAUUCCAAGCCUGCACCGCCAUUGGAACACUCCACGAUUGAAAGAGUUGAGUUUCCUGAAGAGGACGAGUCUUUUGGUGAGGUCGAUAUACGUUUCUUGGGCCCGGACUGCGCAGAUGUAUUGUCAAUGGCUGCUCUCAACGUCGCCUUACUUUACCUCGCAGGAUCCUCGGCUGCCGUGCUAGACAACACUCUGGUAGAGAAAGAGCAAUUGGCCACAGCAGUAUACUACACUCUCGACAGUCGUCCGCGUACCGAGAUUGCAUUUUCCCUCUCAAGUGUCGCCACUGCGCGACUUGAGGAGGUGGAGAAGCGAUUCUUUGAGAUCCUAAAAGAAGCAAUGGACAAACCUCUAGACAUGAAAUUCAUGAAGGAUUGCAUAGACCGACAACUUAGAUCGUCCAAGUACAACGCUGAAUCCUCGCCAACUUCAUUCGCUGAUUUUAUCAUUUCGGACUAUCUGUUUGGACAUCGUGAUGGAUCGACUCUUGCAAACCUCAAAUCGCUGAAGCACUUUGGAUCUAUUCUCGAAGGCUGGUCAGAAGAUGCAUGGAAGAAAUUCAUCAAGACCUACAUAUCUGACGCUCACCACGUGUCAAUUCUUGGUGUUCCAUCUGCCCGCCUGUCAGAGAAGCUCAAGGUUGACGAAGCUCAGCGAGUGGAGGAACAAAAGGAGAAGCUUGGUCCUGAAGGACUGAAGAAGAUGCAGGAAAAGCUUGAUGCAGCGAAAGCAGAGAACGAUCGCGAAAUACCUCGAGAGCUGCUGGGCAAGUUCAAGGUCCCUUCGACUGAAACAAUUCACUUUGUGAGCACCUCACCUGCCCGAUCUGGACUGGCGUUGAAGCUGGGGAGACCAGAAUCCAAGUACCAGAAAAUCAUUGAUGAAGAUGCACAAGAUCUACCUCUCUUCUUGAACUUCCAGCACAUUCCAUCGAAUUUUGCGAGGGUUGAGCUUAUCGUCUCUACAGAAAACCUCCCAGACGAACUGAGGCCGCUAUUAUCACUUUAUAUGGAGUCAUUCUACGGCCUCCCCGUUACACGCGGGAAAGAAACCAUCAGCUUCGAAGAGGUGGUGUUAGAGCUCGAACGAGACACUGUCGGCUAUGCUAUCGAUUCAGCCAUCAAUCUCGGUAAUGUGGAGGGGCUGAGGAUCAGCUUUCAGGUGGAGAUCGAAAAAUAUGACGUGGCGAUCCGAUGGCUUAGUGAACUAUUGUACAACUCUGUGUUCGAUGUGGAACGACUGAAAGCGAUAAAUACCAGACUCUUGGCUGAUAUACCUGACGCAAAGCGCAGUGGCGACGAUAUGUUGACAGCAGUACAUCUCAUGACGCAUCUAGCUCCGAAGUCGAUCGGCCGGGCGAGAAGCACUCUGGUUAAGGCUCUUUAUCUGAAACGGAUCAAGCAUCUUUUAGAGACAGACUCCAGCAAGGUGGUGCACCAACUGGAAGACCUUCGAAGCAUCCUGUUCAAGUUUGAGAAUUUCCGACUCCUGGUCGUCAGUGAUCUAGACAAGCUUGAAGGACCUGCCAGCUCAUGGAAACCUUUCAUGAAAGGCCUAGAGGCAACCAAGGAGCUAGCACCCAUCGGCAAGCGAAUCGAACGCCUUAGUGAGGCAGGCAAGAAGACUGGAAAAUUGGCAUAUGUUGUACCACUCCCUACUAUCGAUUCCUCCUUUGCCUACUCCAUCUCCCGAGGGCCUACUUCCUACCAGGACCCCAAAACGCCCGCCAUCAUGGUUGCGAUGGCGUAUCUGAACGCUGUCGAGGGUCCAUUAUGGGUCGCGGUCCGGGGCACAGGUCUGGCAUACGGUACGAGCGUCAGCUUCGACAUUGAAUCCGGCUUCAUCACAUUGGAUGUGUAUCGCUCUCCAGAUUCGUUUAAGGCAUUCGAAGCCAGCCGGAAAGUAGUCCAUGGCCACAUCACAGGCGAGAUCGAGUUCGACCCGUUAAUGCUGGAGGGUGCGAUCAGCAGUAUCGUGGUUGCGUUCGCCAAUGAGCAACAAACACUAGCUUCCGCUGCAGCGUCAAAUUUCAUCCGCAGCGUCAUGAAGCAGUUACCAGAAGACCACCAGGAAUCGCUACUCAAGAAAGUCAGAGAUAUCACGGUACCAGAGAUCAAGCAGGUACUUGAAACAGUGGUCUUUGAUGUGUUCAGGUCUGACAAAGCCGAUGUUCUGGUGACGUGUGCACCAUCACUCAAAGAGGCGAUUUCGGAAGGGCUUGCUGGGGAGGGCUUCUCACCUGAGAUUCACGACCUUACUUAUUUCCAGGAUGACUACGGGCUAAAGGCAGGUGACGAUGAAGAAGACAACGAUGAAGAUGACAGUGAUUCUGAUGAAAGUGCACAAGAUGAUAAGGAGGGCUCAGACGACAUUGAUGGUAGCGAGGGAUAUGAGAUUGUAGAGGGAGCAGAGGAUGAACUCGAUGAUGAGUAG